AUGGUUCAAAUAUUAAUUGAAUCUGAAUUAUGUUCAGUAACAAAGGAAUUUUCACCAGAUAUCAACUUGAAGGAACUAUGCGAAAAGAUAUACACUAUUACUGGUGUUGAACCCCAAGAUAUGGAGCUGCACAUAAAGGAUGUAUCAGAUGAUGUUAAUAUCAUCAAAAAUCCAUUGGCUACCCCUCAGCUAACGAUUGUAAAUGAAACAAUUGAUAAGAUAAGCGUUGAAGAUACAAAUACAAAAUCUAUCACGAAUCAAUUAAAAAACGAAGACGAAUCGUCAUCAAUAGGCUUCCAACUUAGUGAAGAAGUAUACGCAAGGAAAAGCGAUACUGUUUUAAGGUGGAAGCAAGAGAAUAAAUUUGGGAAAUUUGAUCCUGAUUAUCUAAAGAAGAUGGAACAGGACCAAAAAUUACAAAAUGAAAAGGUUAAAAGUUUGACAGUUGAUGCUAGAUGUUCAGUAAAGGUGCCAGGCCAACCUGAACGAAGAGGAUGGCUACGGUUUAUUGGUAAGAUACCAGAAAUUAACAAGGAUGAUACAUGGUGUGGUGUUGAAUUCGAUGAACCGAUGGGAAAGAAUAAUGGGACAUUUAAAUCACACGUUUAUUUUGGACCUGUUAAAGAUAAAUAUGGUGGGUUCAUUAAACCUAUACAUGUAGAAACAAGCGAAAGAUUUACCCCUUUCGAAUUAGAUUUUGAAACUAGUGAUGAAGAAAUAUAG